AGCUUGGCCAGGGGGGUGAAACUUCGCGGUUUUUCUGUCCCGUGACCGCAGCGAUCCUAACGUUUGGGGGCUGUACUACCUAAAUGAACGUUCUUGUUCUAUUUUAUAGUUAUUACUAGGUUACUCAUUAACUCCGGAGUUUUUACUACACAAGUGAACCUAAAGGUUGCAGUUCGAGAUUGCGAAAAUAAGAGCGCCACCCGAAGUGGAAAACGGGAACUGCGCAGUCGUCCUAUCUCUCACGGCGAAAAAGGGGCGUUUCUUUUCGCGCGCCCAUGUAUGCUACGGCCUGCGGUGUCCCAAAGGCCGCUUUUACCGCUGUAAAGUUUGUUUUAGCGAAACCCAUGCAAGAUUCAGCCAAACAGACGCAUCCAUGGAUUCUCGCCGUCAUCACAAAUCGUGCUGUGCUGAGUGGUGUCGGAAUUCUUCACGACACACCGGCAUAAAAUUCUUUCGGAUCCCGGCGGACGAAAGAUCUCGCGCUUGGCUUCAGUAUGCGAGACGGCAGGACCUGGCUCAUUUACCGCCUCGUCAGAUCUACAGCAGCUACCGCCUGUGCUCUGCCCAUUUCACCAGCAGAGACUACGCAGACCCUGGACAGACAAGGCUGCUAAGAUGUGCUGUGCCAACAGUUUCCAUCUUUGGCGAUGGGCAGACACACGUCGAAAGUCCAGGUGGGAAUACUGCUCUCCUCGGCCCGCGAAUACCACUACGAUGCCCGCUCACAGCGCCGACGAAGGAGUUCAACAGGCUGAGCCCCCAUGUUCCAAUCCAGCGGGUCGACAACACAAGCCUUCUAGGUGCUCGCCCCGGACAGCCAGAAAAAUGAAGAACCUGGAGAAGAUAAAUUCAAGGCUUCGGAAGGCACUGUCAAGAAUUGGCAAGAGAAAGGUUAAAAAGCUUUCCCAGUCCGAGGCGUUGAAUGCUAUCAGGCCCUACGUCCGCAAGACAUUCUUUAGAU